GAAAAUGUUGGGAGAAUCAUGGGUGGGUUCACUUCCUAUCGGUUGCAGCGAUUAUCGGACAACAACUGUUGGUCUUUGUUCAGAAAUUGUGCAUUUGUUGAUGGAAACUCUAGUGGAUAUCCAAGACUGGAGGAGAUUGGUAAGGAAAUUGUAAAAAAGCUCAAGGGGUUACCACUUGCAGCAAAGGCAGUUGGGAGCCUCCUGUACUCGAAGGUAGAUGAAGAAGAAUGGAAGGAUAUUUUGAGGAGUGAGAUAUGGGAGUUGACACCAGAUAAGAACAGCAUCUUACCAGCUUUAAGACUGAGUUAUAAGCACUUGCCCCCACAUUUGAAGCAGUGUUUUGCAUUUUGUGCUGUAUUUCACAAAGAUUAUGUGUUUGAAAGAGACAACUUGGUCCAAAUUUGGAUGGCACUUGGGUUUGUUCAGCCUCAAGGGAGUAAAAGAUUGGAAGAUAUAGGAAAUACCUACUUUGAUGACUUGCUAAGUAGAUCCUUCUUUCAGCCUUACAAGGGCAACUAUGUAAUGCAUGAUGCAAUCCAUGAUCUAGCACAAUAUAUAACCAUUGAUGAUUGUCAUAGAUUAGAGGAUGAUAAGAGACUCAACAACCGCAAUAAGAUCCGUCAUUUAUCAUUUUCUUGUGACAAUUCAAUGCUCACUUCCUUUGAGGCAUUUUAUAGUUUUAAGAGAUUAAGAACACUUCUGUUGUUGCGGGGAUACAAAUCGAGCAUAACUUCUGUACCUGAUGAUCUCUUUAUGAAACUGAGAUAUCUACGAGUGCUGGACCUAUACCGCAGAGGUAUCAAAGAGGUGCCACAUUCCAUUGGCAAUCUAAAACAACUUCGCUACCUGGGUCUCUCUAGUACUGAAAUCAAAACACUGCCUUCAUCAGUCAGUAAGCUAUACAAUCUGCAGAUGCUGAAGUUGAAAAAUUGCAGUUCACUACGAGAACUUCCACAAGGUAUUACCAACCUCCUAAACCUGCAUCACUUAGAGGCGAAUACCAGACUAAUUGCCAACUUAGCUGGAAUUGGAAGACUCACCUGCCUCCAAGAAUUAGAGGAAUUUGCUGUUCAGAAGGACAGAGGAUACAAGAUUGCAGAGCUGAAAGACAUGAUGCAGCUUCGAGGACGUCUCUGCAUUACAGGUCUUGAGAAGGUGGCCAGUGGGGAAGAGGCAAAUGAGGCUGAGUUGAACACAAAGGAGCACCUUAGUUUGCUAGAGUUUGCAUGGGAAGACAGCAGGAAUAUCGGUCUGCAUGAACAAUGUCUCGACGAAAGAGUGCUCGAAGGCCUCAGACCACAUCGCGGACUCAAAGAGAUGAAGAUCAUAGGCUAUGCAGGUGCUGACUUUCCGAGUUGGCUGGCAAGUCCACUCUCCAGCCUGAAGACCAUCCAACUAUCCAAUUGCAUAAGAUGCCUAGGCCUCCCACCUCUGGGACAGCUGCCCUUCCUCAAGAAGCUGGAGAUAAGAGGAGCUGAUGAAGUGAUACAAAUUAGCCGGGAAUUCUCAGGCAAUGGGGCGACGAAGGGAUUUCCAUCAUUGAAUGAACUAGUCCUCGACGACAUGCCCAAGUUGGAAGAAUGGCUAUUUGCAGAUGGUGACCAAUUGUUCCCUCGCCUCACCGAGCUUGAUGUCAUUGACUGUCCUAAGCUGAAAGCACUGCCCCGCCUUCCUUCGACCCUGACAAGGCUCCGAAUAUCCGAAGCAGGGCUCGGCGUUCUUCCAAAAUUGUGGGAUUCGAAGCAGCCAUCCUCACUCUCAUCCUUGCACAUUGACAACUACCCCAAUCUAACAUCCCUGCAGCAAGGCCUACUGAGCCACCCACUGAGUGCUCUCAAGGAUUUGAAGAUCAAUAAUUGUGAAGGUCUCCUGUCACUGCCAUUGGAGUGUUUCCGGCACUUCACGUCGCUUGAGAGUCUUCACAUUUGCAAGUGCCCCAUGCUGGUGCCAUCGACAGCACUAAAGGACGGACUGCUGCCCGGCUCCCUGGAAGAUGUCCGGGUCGGCUUCUGCUAUCAGCUAAUCAACCCACUUCUUGAUGAACUCAGGAACCUUGCCUUCCUCACUCAUCUUGAGAUUGCCAAUUGCCCCGACCUCUACUAUUUUCCACUGGAGGGACUACCUGACACGCUUAAAUUCUUGUCGAUUCUGGACUGUGCCAAUCUCCAACACCUGCCUCCUCAACUUUGGAAGCUCUCUUCCCUAGUUACGUUGAUCAUCAGCAACUGCCCCCGGAUCCCGCACCUGCCUUCGGAGGGCCUGCCCAGGGGUCUGCAUGAAUUGUACAUCAAAGCAUGCCCGUCGCUGAAGGAGACAUGUGAACUGGGCAGAGAGGAUUGGGCCAAGGUAGCUCAUAUUGCCAAGGUAGAGAUAGAUGAAGACAUCAUGUCCGAGUGAAGGGAGGAAGGAGAUUCUUC